AUGUCUCACCACGAACACACCUCACUAUGGUGGCCCGAAGAGCGUAUCAAAUCUACCCUCAACGCAAAGUACAUCGUCAGUCGUCUGCGACCAGAGAAUAUCCCACGUCUCUUUGAAUUACCAGACUGGGGCGAAGGUUUGACCAGCGAGACGUACAUGGAAUGGAUCCUCACAAAGGCCGGUCGUGUUUUCAUGAUCCUUGAUGCCAUCGGCAUUCCCGAUCGGAUCUUCGCGCUAGUCGACGGAUCCUGCGACGAUGAUGAUCUACCCGUCGCGGAACAUAGCGUCGAUUUACUACAUUUAUCCCCCGAUGGAGAAGAUCUUACUCUCGAGGAUAGUUUCUUUCAUGCACAAUGGCAUUUCCUGGUCCGUGGGAUAGAUGAGGGAGACCAUGUCGUCUAUACUGAGAAUGAGGGUGUGCCGGUCGAGGCGGUACGCACCAAUACCGGCAGCGGCAUACACGGCCGUGAUGAUACGGUAGACAGGGUAGUCCUCGCCGGAUCGGUUUGUCGAGUCUACAUGCGAACCCAAGUGCAAGUUGGCGGUGCACCGCAUUUUUUCUCUGCUGAUGAGGUUCUUGCUGAGAUCCGCAACUUGAAAAAGCUGUCGCACGAGCAUAUUGUCUCCGUCUUUGCCUCAUAUCUGAAAGAUGAUAGCGUCUCAGUGCUUUUCACGGGCGCCACGGCAGAUCGAAACCUACAUAGUUUCCUAACAUAUGAGCCGAUGUCCUUCAAACGACUUGAAAAAGAGCGACGUCGUCAGAUCUUGAUCACCUGGCCCCACUGCCUUGCAUCUGCAGUCUCCUGGCUGCAUGCACGCGGCCACUCCCACGGUGAUAUCCGCCCAUCCAACAUCUUCAUCAACGCAAACUUUGACAUCUGCCUCGGUCAAUUCCAAGCACUCGACUCCCUCCUGACACCACCACAGGUCAACGACCUUGAGGCAUACAACUACUCCGCCCCAGAGCGCUGGACUCGCCCUGCAGCCCCAGUCAUCCCGCAAAACCCUAGCCCCAUUGAACGAAAGCCCACCAGCAUCCCCAGACGGUACAAGACCAAACUCUGCCGCUUCAAAGGGCACAGUAAUCCGCAUCGGCCAACCAGGCUCACCCACCCGCUUCUCCUUCGCCUUCUCAUCCUCUUCUUCAUCCUCCGAGGCCUCCUCAGCGGCGUCAUCAACCCACACAGACGCAACAGCAACAUCCCCCCAACCAAUAAAACACCGCAUCUCAUCCUUCUGGUCGCGAAGAAACAAAAAUCCCCCUCAGCCCCAUCAAUAACCUCAACCUCAACAUCCUCCUCCUCAAACACAUCAACCAUAACAUCCCCAAAUCCCCAGCCCUCCCCUUCGUCAGCCCUCUUCCCAAUCCCGCCUUCCUCCCUCCAUCACUCCAAAUCCACUCAAUCCCUAACACCAUCCUUCACAAAACCCCUAACCUCCCAAACCUCCCAAACCUCCUUUGAACCCCAACCAAACCCCCACGCCCCAGCAGACAUAUUCUCCCUCGCAGCAAUAACCCUCGACAUCCUAACAACCCUACACAAAAGAACCCUAGCAUCCUUCAGCACGCACCGCAGCGCCCGGAACCGAUCCGCGGGCCGCGGUGGCGGGAUAGCAGAUGCAUCGUUCCAUCUCGCGCGAAAUGCCGUGCAGGUUCAAUCGUGGAUUGCAUUGCUAGAAGGGGAUGCAUUGAAACGAUGUCGACGGGAUCGACUCUCGGAUCGUGCGUUCUGGGCUGUGUCGAAGAUGUUGAUUGUUGUACGGUCUAUGCUUGAUUUUGAGAGUGGGAAGAGGCCGCUUGCGAAUCGCGUGAGGAGGGGGUUUGCCGAUGCUAUUACCCGCGGACGUAGUGGCGAGGAUAAGGAUGGGAUGCCGGGGUUGCAUUGUGUGAAGGAGAAACGGGGGAAAGAGGGGACAUUCAAGGGAUCUAAGGAGAAGGAGAAGGAGAAGGAGGGGGACAGAAAUAGGGGAAUGGGGGCUUGGAGGUUAUUCGGGAGACGGGGGUUGGGAGGAGUGCUUUUCAUAAGUAGGUGGAGGAGAUGUACGAUAAUGUCUUGA